CCAGACCGGAAUUGUGCGUCAUGGCUUCACAUGCCAACUUCGUUGGUGUUACAGGCUUGGAAGCGCCUUUUCUGCCCUCAAUAUAAGAAGAGUUUUCUCUGCGAUACUUUCUACCCAUCAAGCAAUUAAAAUAACCAAAUUGCAUAACCUUUCAAGCCCAAGCCUUACCCUUUGUCUUUGCAAGUCACCUCGCUGAACGACACCUCACCAUGUUUACGCCCAGAUUCCCAGCACGUGCAAUUUCCACUGCCCGCAAUGCCCGUCUUCUCCGCGCCACGCGGGAAGCACGCCGCUUCCAGUCCACGCGGGCCGGCCCGACAAGCUCAUCGCAUUUCGCAGCAGGCGUGGCCGGCGGCGUUGCAGGCGCGGGCCUACUCUAUGGCAUCUACCUGAUGACCCCUACCGGCAAGAUGACGCGCAAGAUUAAUGCGGUAGCCAUCGAAACCAACAAGAAGUACCAGCAGGUCGCCGCCACAAUACAAGACAAGACCCCGACAACGGACGAAGCCAUCGACAAGCUCAAGCAGUUCUGCUACUCGUACGUGGCCUGGGUCCCCGGUGGACGGCAGUACGUCGACACGGCUUUCAACGACCUCGCCGCCAUCCGCGAGAGCCAUGGUGAGGAGGUGGACCGCAUCGUCAGCGAGACGUACCGCGAGUUCCAGGACAUCGCGCGCACCGGCCUCAGCCUCGAGUCGGCAUCCAAGGCCUACGACGCGCUGGCAAACCUGGCCAAGAAGUUGGCCAGCCUCAGCGGCAGCGCCGCCGAUCAAAUCCUCGAGCGCCACCCGCAGCUGAACGACAAGGUGGGGGAGCCGAUAAAGCAGCUUAAGCAGUAUGGGCAGCAGUUCGGGCCUGAGGCGAAGAAACUGGCCGACGAAACAUGGGCUCAAAUCGGUGAUGUCAUGGCCAGCGGGUUCUCCGCCGAGAGCGUGGACAAGGUGCGCAAGAUUGUGGAGGAGCGGACACAGCAGAUCCGCAAGAUUGGGGAUGACUUAUGGGAGAAGGGCCUGAAGCAGGCGAAGCCGUAUCUGGACAAGAACCCCAAGCUGAGAGAGCUGGUAACGAAGAACAGUGACAUUCUCAAGCAAGGGAACAUGACCGACUUGUUCAAGCAGAUCAAGAGCUUGGGCGAGGGCGGCGACAUGAGCAAGCUGGAGGAGUACGUCAAGCAAACGGUCGACAAGGCCAAGUCGACGGGGUCCAAAGCGGCCGGUUCCGGGUCAAUGGGUGGAAGCAGCUUUGCGGUAUUGGGACAGUUCUUGGGGACGGAGUCAGACGACCUUGAGAAGUUGACCGACGCCGUGAGCAAACACUCGGGCGAGGCCCAAGAGCUGCUCGAGGAGACCAAGGAGGAUUUGAGGAAGCUGUUGGCCGAGAAGGCCAAGAAGGCACAACAGUUCGCCGAGAAGACAAAGAAGGAAUGAGCCAGCGGUCGCAGUUUGUAGAAUAAUGUACUAUAAUAUUUUUUUUUUGGCA